CAUGGCUCAGCUGCCCAACGAGUCCUGGCACAACAGCUCAGCCCCCCUGUUCACCGGCCUGGACCUGCUCCUGGAGCUGAAGCCGCUCUUCAUCCCGCUCUACGCCACGCUGGUGGCCGUGGCCUGCACCGGGAACCUCUUCCUGAUCCUGCUCAUCGCCCUCACCAAGAAGCUGCACUGCACCACCAACUUCCUGAUCGGGAACCUGGCGGUGGCCGACUUCAUCAUGUGCCUGGCCUGCGUCCCCCUCACCGUGUCCUACGCCUUCGAGGCGCGGGGGUGGCUCUUCGGCGCAUUCAUGUGCCACUUUGUCACCCUGCUGCAGGCUGCCACCGUGUUCGUGUCCGUGCUGUCCCUCACGGCCAUCGCCAUCGACCGCUACGUGGUGGUGGCGUACCCGAUCCGCAGGCGGAUCAGCCGCAGGGCCUGCGUGUGCCUCGUGGCCUGCAUUUGGCUGCUCUCCAUCAUGGCCUCCGUCCCCACGUCGCUGCACACCCACUACCUGGACCUCAACGCCAUCGGCCACGACAUGAUCAUCUGCGAGGAGUUCUGGAAGCACGAGGAGAGGGAGCGGCUGCUCUACUCGUGUCUGAUGCUCCUCCUGUCCUACAUGCUCCCGCUGCUGGCGGUGUCUGUCUCCUUCUGUGCCAUCACCUACCACCUGCGCAGGAGGAACGUGCCGGGCGCUGCCUAUCACUGCCAGGACAAGUGGACCAGGACCAAGCAGAAGACUUUCCGGGUGCUCACCGUCUCCGUGGUCUGUUUUGCCAUCUGCUGGCUCCCUCUCCAGGUGGUCAACUUCAUCCGGGACAUCGACGAGGAGUUCACCAUCCUGGACAAGAGGUACGUCAACGUCAUCCAGGUCUCGUGCCACCUGAUUGCCAUGAGCUCCGCCUGCUACAACCCUUUCAUCUACGCCUCCCUCCACGACAAGUUCUGGUUCCACCUCAGCACCUACUUCUACCGCAGGAAGAAGAGCUCCGUCACCAUGUCCUGCAAGGCUUCCCGCUUCAACACCUGCUCCACCCUGGCAGAUGCUCCCACCGUUGCCUCGGAUAAGAUAGCUUUGCAGACCAGGUUAUCUUAGCUAGAGGACCUCAAGGGAGAGGGUUUGCUUUUGGACCUGGCAGGCACUGGGUGGGGGAGGUGGCUGCUGGUUGGGCUGGUUUGUUGCUGCUCCCAGAAAAGUCUCUCAUGCUUGGAAAGGCAACAAAACUGACAGGCUUUGUGUCCUUGAAUUAUGGAAUGGUUUGGGUUGGAAGGGACCUUAAAACUCUUCUCAUUGCAACACCUGUGCCACGGGCAGGGACACCUUCCACUAGCCCAGCUUGCUCCAAGCCCCGUCCAACCUGGCCUUGGACACUUCCAGGGAUGAAGAAAGUGUCCUCAUCACUUAAGCAGCUCAAGGAUGUUUUGUUCUUUGGGGGCAACAAACCAGUGCAACAACACCUGAGCCAGGCAAAGGUUUUGAUGAAACAGCAGUUUCUUGGCUCAUUGAAACAGUGCAACGGACGAGUAUCAUGGCUGGGGAUGGGGCAAAUCCCUCUAUCCCAAAUCCUGGCUGGGUGCUGUAGGUGUCCAGUGCCAUAUUUGGAGCACACAGACUUCACCCUGUGGUACAUUUAGAAGCUGGGUCAGUGCCUGAGCAAGGCAAAGCAAACACCCCUUAGGGGCAUUUGAAAAACUCUUUGGAGAGCACACGUCUUCGUUCUGUAGGAUAAAGAUUGUUCCUAAGCAACAGGCAGCACUUUGUGCCUUGGGAAGAGGUCGCCUUGCACGGGGAGCCGUGAAAUUGCUGCACAUUUAUUCUUUUAAAUUGUGGUUUAUUGGUGGAAGGACAAAGGAGGCUCAGAAACGUGUGUUCUGCAGGUGGAGAUGGGGACACGUGGCUGCCGACAGCAGGCAAGCUGGUUUGGAACUGGGGGGGGACUCCAUAACCUGCUUGGCUUGCUGGAGGAGCCGCCCCCGUAACCAGACUGGGCGUCCCAGUUUCUCCAGCCACAUGUGCAGAUGCAGCCAGGCCCAUCCCUGAAAUCAUCGCUGCUCUGCACGGCCGAGGACGACUCGAGAGAUCCCAAGUGACGAGUUUUCCGGGGGUGAUGCCUCAAUCUCUGCUCCCUGGGCAGUUUAAGUGGUGUGUGUCCGUGUUCAGGUUCCUGUGGUGGAGGUGGGAAUCCCAGUGCCACGCUGCUCUAUCCCAGAAACUGCUGGAUGAAGGGUGGGUUCUCUUGUCAGAUACUCCUUGGCAUCUCAGGUGCCUCUGAGGCCCAUCAGGCUGCUCCAUGCAAGCAGCACACACAGAAAGCAGCAUCUCCUUGCACCCACUGCCCAGCCCAGUUUUAACCUCUUGAUUUCCCAGGAGAAGCCUUUGGGAACAGCCCCCAGACUCCAGCACCCCCACAGCCACCACAUCUUGGGGCCCCAGUGGCUCCUGCCCACCCGUGGCCGUGCCUCUGGCUCACCAGGAGCUGCUGUGCUCUGUGGGGCUGAGGACUUUAAAGCCCCCAAGGCAGCACAUCCUCACCCCUGCAUGGAAACUGCCCUGGCAUCGGCCAUCCCUCCUGCUUCAGCGAGCAGCUCAGGCUCCUCUGGGCAGACAGAGCCGGCUGGAUCCCAGCAGGAUCCCUAACCCGCUCCCCUCAUGCCCAUCCACACUCUGCUGCUCGCUCACCUUCCUGC